AGAGGCUGCAAAGGCUGCAUUUAGGCUUGUAGAAUUAAUAUGCUAUUUUAUAUUCUUAUCUUUGUUGUGCUGUUGUAUAUCGACGAUGUAAUAUCAUCACCUUGUCAUGAAGGAACUGAAAAGUUAUACGAACAUUGUUUGAUGCAAUACACGGACAUGGCGUUAUGGUGUGAUAAGAUGAAUCUAACUGAGAUACCGGAUCCUAACCAUAUAAGGAGUCCAGCGCCAUGCGAAAGUGCUUUGGCAAUUUAUGGCAACGAUAGCUGCAUAACAACCAUCACGCCUGUUCUGUUUCGGAGAUACAGCUUGGUGAAAUUGUUGGAUUUCUCUCACAACAGAAUUGACAAAGUUGAAGCUGACAACUUUGAAAACGCAAAUCAUCUGCGAGAACUGGAUUUAUCCUAUAACAGGAUUGAUACAGUUGAAUACAAAUUUGGAAAAAUCCCAAGAUUGCAGUCAUUAAACUUGGCAGGGAAUCGAUUAAGACAUGUUGGCCCAAUACAAUAUUGUAAAGAUUGUGCUUUAAGACACCUAACUUUACACGAUAACGUGAUUUCACUGGUAAAGAAAAAUUCAUUCGAUGGGAUGAACCAACUUACUAGUAUUGAUCUAAGAAACAACCAACUGACACAACUUAGCAGGAGUUUGUUUAAAACACUAUGUAAACUAGAAACACUUCUGUUGAGCGGAAAUAACCUGCACACCCCCCAACCAGAAUGGUUUGCGACCAUUGCCAUGAAUGGGAAGCAACAACCAAUAUAUGAAGUAGAUAUUUCCAACAACCAAUUCAGAUGCGACUGCCAAGCUUAUAGAUACUGGGAGUUUCUCCAAGUUUUGCAUAAAGACGAAAAUGACUAUGUUCGAAGUUUGGGCAACUCCGUGGAUUUUGUUUGUGGCGAUUCUGGCCCGUCUUUUUCUAGUUUAACAGAAAGUGAAGUUAUAUCUGCUGGAAACUGCUCUGGAGUGGAUUUUGCUUCUCAUAGCAAUAUGACUUCACUAUCUUCAUUCUCCCCAUUUAAGUGUGAGGUCAUAAAGCCACGUGAGGUAGAAGGUCGACGGCGUGCAGAGGAAACAGAACCAAAGCUUACAACGAUUAGUCAUUCUGAAACAGAUUAUAUCACAAAAGAAAUAGAAGAUGGAAAUAUCUUUCCUGUUGGCUUAAUUGUUUUAACGGUAUCAUGUAUUUCAAUUGUAAUAAUUUUGGUAAUGAUAUAUGUAAGAAAAACACAGCAGAAACGAAAGAUGUAUAUAAAUCACAGAGAAUCACAGGCAGAAAAGUCACCUCUAAGUAGUACAUCUAAUAAUUCCCGGAAUGAAGUGAUCAGUGACAAGGGAGAAAAACAAAAAGAAGCACUAACAGAGAAAGUUUGAAAAUAAUAACCACUAGUAACGCUUCGCUUUUUCAUAUCGUGAUUUUAAUUUUUUAAUCGUAUGUUCAAAUUAAGAUUGGCUUUAAGUCACUAUUUCCACUUUCUUCAAGUUAAAAUAACCACUGUUCGUGUAUAGA